AUGUCGCCGCUGAAGGAGGGGCCACGGCGCGCCGCAAGGGGAGGGCUGUCACGGGGGGGUACCCAGGUGUCGCAUGCUUGCAUCUACCGGCACAAGCUCAAGGGGCGGACGCCGUCUCGCGUCGCCAACCCCAAGGCUCGCCGGCCCGUGCAAGCGGCGCACGACCCCAUCCUCGCUAACAUCCGCUGGCCCCCGCCGGUGGACGUUCCAGCUCAGGAACGAACGGAGCAGAGAAGCGCUUACUCGUUAGAGCACUCCUCCCUAGCCUACGACUAGAACGAUCCCGCACCCCCCUAAGUGAAAUAAAUCCCUAGGGCUUGAGCUCCCCCCCCACCCGGAGAGGAAGAAAUCACGUGGGCUUGAUCGAGGUUUUUGGGGUCGAAGCAGCAACAGCGGCG